GCUCAGGGGUCACCGGCGGAGUUCGGAGCGGCAGAUGAACAAAGCAGGGCAGUAAAACCUCAGCAGGCCGGCUUUUAACUCAAAAUUCUGGUCCGAACAAAUUUUAAGGAAGCAGAAAUUAUUGAAUUGAGUGCGGGUAUGGAGGUGGAAAAUCAAAAUUCGCUUGCAUCCAGCGAUUCGCUGCAUGAUGACAGCAGCUCUUCUUCAGAAGCCUUAAUCCAAGAGAGCCCUCUGGAGAGGUUUACUUACCUCUCACCCAUCCCCUGCACCAUCAUUCCCAAUCGGAUUUUUGUCGGGAGAAUGGACCACAGGGUCAAUGAAAGCAACCUGCAUCAGAUUUUCUUCAAAUACGGUGCGGUGAAAGAUGUUAAGAUAGUGAAAGAUGGCUUGGGAAUCUCUAAAAGAUACGGGUUUGUUACCUUUGAAACCCAAGAAGAUGUGUUGCGAAUCCUCAAUAAUGCUAACGGAAUCUGUUUCAAUGGAAGGAAGCUCUGCAUUAGCCAGGCUUAUAGAAAGUUUCGCGUUUCAAGACAAGCUAACAGCGGCUAUGCGGCUCACCACGAACGCGCCGAUCCUCAUCAGAUGUCCUGUGGGACUUUUUAUCUGACCCCAUUCACAGGACAGCCCUACACCUACUAUAAGGGCAUGGCCUAUUUCCACUGCCCCAGCAUGAACCCCUCGGCUAAUGAGUGGUCGCCGCCUUCUCAGCUGAUGCUGCCUCCGUCCCACCAGCCCUUCCACCCCCUGCAGCCGCCCGUCUAUCUCCACUGCCAGGAUGCCCCUAACCAGUAUCAGUGGAAUAUUGGUCAGGUGCCAGCACCUUUCGGUGCACCGAUGUACCAACAGCAGCCAGAAUAUCUUUACCAGCCUUUUGACGGGAGCUGUUACCUGCCUCCUGGGCCCGCCAUGGAAGGCAGUACCCCGGAGUUUUUUGAGCUGACGGCGCCACAUUUCUACUCAGGAAUGACACCCAUUCCUCUGCAGCCUAACCCUAGAGAGAACCAGCCGUUCUCCCCUUCAUGUGUCCACCGGAAGCCAAAGUACCGACGCCACAUGCACCCCAAAUACUACUACCACCUGCCCCAGCCCACAGAGACGCCUGCUACUUCCGUAUUUCCUGUCCCAGCUCCUCAUGUAGGAUAAAGACUUGAAACGUUCACCCUCUCAGGCAGAUCAACCCCAGAUUACUCACUGAGAUUUCAGCUCCAUCCUGCUUCUUUUUCUAUAAGCUCAUAUUUGCAGCAAAACUGUCAUUUGAUGACAUUUCUUUUUCUCUCUCCGCUAAACCUGCUUCUGAUCUACACAUUGGGGUCAAAGUUUACAGAAUUCAUGUCAUUAGAAGAUCUUUUAUGUGAGGAACAAACACUGCAAUAGUGGUUCAUCCUGACGCCUUUUCAUGUUUCAUGGCAGAGUUGAAACAUCUGCUUUAAAGUGCACUAAGCUUUUCUCUUUUUAGAUAUCGCAUCAGUGUAUCUAAGUAUCCAGUGGAUCCAUGGUUGAAUGUAGAGAGGAGACGCUUUACCCAAUUCAUGUUUUAUGUCCUUGGAGCCUUGAACGCAUACUUCAGAGUUUUAGGACGUUUAUUUGUUGGGUUUUUCAGGGAUUGGGUCUCCAUAUUGAUUCUUUAAGCAGGGUACCUAUGCAGUUUUAAUAUCAUGGAGCUGUUUUUCCAGGAUGGAACAUAGAGGAAAAAUCCUAAUUCCUACUUCUAACCUCUACGUUUUAUCUGAGUUCCUCCAAACAAACAUAAGUGCCCCCAAUCAACCUGUUUUGGAGAUUUUAAACAAGAAGGUUCAUUUAUCCCUGCAUCCAUCCACCUAUCAUCUAUCCACCAUUUAUGACAUCAUUAGAGCCCAGCGUAGGAGCCAUGCUUAAAGGAUUGCUUUAGUACCUGAUGACCAUGGAGGAAACAAGAGGAAAAAAAGGAAAAAGCAGCAUGAUAGGACCAAAUGAUGACUGUUGGUCCGUUGACUUUGGAAGAAAAAUUACUGCUGAGAAAUGUUUUUAAGCUCUCAGGAAAUAAUCACUCCUUUUCUACCUAGCAGUGUGGUGUAGUUCUGUUUUUCAUGUACAGAGCCAGGAUUUAUCCGGUGAGUAAACCCCAGUAGACACAUUUUAAAAGAGCAAAAGGAACAAACAAAUAAAGCUUUAGUUCUUAUUCCUGUUAGUUUUAGGGUUAUUAAAAAAAUAAAUAAAAAAAGAUGCUCCGUUUGUUUUCUCCAGUAGUUUAGUUUUUCAUGUUUAAGCUAUUGUUUUUUUUCUUCCUAUUUUAAAAUUUAAAAUAGCUUAAAUUAUUUUAUGCUUAUUUUCUCUUCAGAUUCAAUAGUAUAUUUGCUCUGAGAGGUUUUAUUUUGUAAGGGAUUUGAGAUUUUAAUUGGUGUAAGCUAUUUUACAAACAUUUCUAUUGUUUUCACA